AUGCCAAAAAGAAUGGCGUCGAGACCAGGUCUUCUUACUGACUGGCCAUGGACACCUCUUGGAAGCUUUAAGUACUUGGUGUUGGCCCCGCUGGUUAUCGACAGCAUCUACUCAUUUGCAACCACGAGAGAUUACGAGAAACUUUUGAUAGUGGCCAUGACGGUGUGGCGGAUUGUUCAUAGUCAAGUUUGGAUAAGUUUUUCACGCUACCGAAGUGCCAAAGGAACCAAACGGAUCGUGAACAAGUCCAUAGAGUUUGACCAAGUCGACCGAGAACGAUCCUGGGACGACCAGGUCGUCUUCAACACUCUCAUUCUUUACUUAACUAAAGUGUUCGUCACACGGACCAACACCAUUCCCUUCUGGCGAACCGAUGGAAUGAUCUUAGUCGCUUUCCUCCACGCUGGUCCGGUUGAGUUCAUCUACUACUGGUUUCACCGAGCCCUUCACCACCACUUCCUCUACUCUCGCUACCACUCACACCACCACUCCUCCAUCGUCACCGAGCCCAUCACUUCGGUGGUACAUCCGUUUGCGGAGCAUAUUGGGUAUACACUAAUCUUAAUGAUACCUCUAGUAACGACUUUGCUAUGCGGCACGGUCUCUGUCGUCUCCGUUGUCCUCUACAUAACUUACAUUGAUUUCAUGAACAACUUGGGUCACUGCAACUUCGAGCUCAUUCCAAAAUCUUUCUUCUCUAUUUUCCCUCCUCUUAAGUUCCUCUGCUACACUCCCUCAUUUCACUCGCUCCACCACACGCAAUUUAGGACGAACUACUCUCUGUUCAUGCCAAUGUACGACUACAUUUACGGGACAAACGACAAAUGCAGUGACUCAUUGUACGAAACAUCGUUGGAUCCAGAAGAAGAGAAGCCGGACGCGAUUUAUCUCACCCACCUAACAUCACUCGACUCUAUUUACCAUCUCCGGCUUGGCUUUGCUUCCCUUUCCUCGCACCCGCUCUCUUCCCGGUGCUACCUGUUCCUCAUGAGACCCUUCACUCUAAUACUCUCCUUCCUUCUGACUUCUCUCUCUUCUCGAACCUUUGUCUUUGAGAGAAACCGCUUCCGUGACCUCACACUUCACUCCCACCUCCUUCCCAAGUUCUCCUCUCAUUACAUGUCGCAGCGGAACAAAGAACGUAUCAACAAUAUCAUAGAGGCGGCUAUUCUUGACGCGGACAAGAAAGGUGUGAGAGGAGAAGAGUUAAAUGGGUACGGAGAAAUGUAUGUAAGGAAGCAUCCAAAGUUAAAAAUAAGGAUAGUGGACGGAAGCAGCCUUGCAGCUGAGGUGGUUGUCCAUAGCAUUCCCGUUGGGACCAGAGAGGUUCUCUUUAGAGGCCAAAUCACAAAGGUUGCUCGUGCCGUUGUCUUUUCUCUUUGCCAAAAUGGCAUCAAGGUGAUGGUGUUACGUGAGGAAGAGCAUUCCACGCUAGCCAGAUUCCUAAGAGAUGAUUGUAAGGAAAAUCUAGUGCUCACAACGAAUUACUUCCCGACGAUAUGGUUGGUGGGAGAUGAGUUAAGCAAAGAAGAGCAGAAGAAGGCAAGAAAAAGAACUCUCUUUCUUCCUUUCACUCAGUUUCCUCCUACACAACUCAGAAAAGACUGCUUUUACCAUACAACUCCGGCUAUGAACAUCCCUGACUCUGCCCAAAACAUCGAUUCUUGUGAGAAUUGGCUGGGGAGGAGAGUGAUGAGCGCAUGGAGAGUUGGAGGGAUAGUACACGCCCUUGAAGGGUGGGAGGAACACGACGUUUCAAUCGUUAAUCCUCUCAGAGUUUGGGAAGCUGCUCUUCGAAAUGGUUUCAAACCUCUGCUUUUGCCAUCUCUAGGGAUUCAAUAA